AUGUCUCAGCAAAGCUUUUGCGAUGAAUUAAGAGAAAAGUCUAGCAAGGCUCAUGCAAAAUCGGAUAAAUUAAUGAAUGUAAAGCUUGCUGUGGCUCUCACAGACACCUCACUUUAUAGUCAAGUCCUUGGCGAUUUUUACGCCGUCUUUAAUGCAAUUGAAAAUGGAAUUAUAGAAAAUGAAGAAAAUGAAUACAUAAAGCAGCUAUGGCAUCCAGCAUUUGGAAGAGUGAGCUUCUUUGAAAGGGAUCUGGAAUUUUAUCUUGGUUCACAAUGGAAAAGACUUCUUACACCCAGUGAUGCUGCUAUGGAAUAUGUUUCUCAUAUUGAAGAUAUUACAGAAAAUGAACCAAUACUACUUGUUGCUUAUGUACAUACAAUGUACUUGGCAAUAUUUAGUGGUGGUUUCAUUUUGAAAAAAAUAAUUAAAACUACUUUGAAUUUAAACGAGUCUGAAGGUGUCAAUAUAUUUGACACAGCAGAAGGAGAGUCUCGGUUGAAGUUAAAACAACUUAUCAAGACGAGAAUCAAUGCCAUGGAUUUUGAUAGAAGUACAAAGGAUUUGAUUAUUCAAGAAAAACUUGAUAUUUUUGCUAAAAAUAAUCAAAUUGUUUCCAAUCUCAAACCUAAAAUAAGCUCAUUUAAACGUUUGUUGUUGUUAGUUUGUUUGGUUCUUGUUGUUCUUUGUGUUUUGGGGUAUGCAUUGUUAAAAAUGUUUCGGUUUGUUUGGGAUAGGUAA